AUGGACUUUGUAAAUGAAAAGUAUGCUGUUAUCCCAAAAUCUUUGAAGGUAAAAGUAAUUCUUUAAGUGAGAGUGAUGAAGAAAUUCAAAAAAAUAUGGCCCCAGAAAGUAAUUCAUUCGUCGAAAGAGCUAAAUUUUUGUUGGUAAAUGGAUAAAUUUUCUAAAAAAUAUUUGUUACAAAGAAUAUUGGAGAAUCGUUAUCUGACCCCAUGGGAGCAUCAUAAUUAUUAGAAAUAAUUGCAAAUCAAUUGCAUUCUUUGCAUGAUGAAACCUUAAUAAAAGAAUACAUAAAAGCAGUGAGUGAAAUAUUCAAUAAAAUCGAAGUAUUACGAAUUAACAUUUUUAGAUAAACAAUUAACUAAAAUAGUCUUAUAGUGACAUUUGCUUCAAUAUUUUUACAAAACAAUAUCAAUAGUACGAUAUCAUUAAUUCUUGCGCAGAGAUAUUAAAAUACUUAGAUGACCUUGAUAUUUAUAAAGAGGGGUUAUAUCUAGAAACAGACAAUCAAAUGUAUUAAAUCCUGAAGAUAAUCGAAAUAUAUUAUCAUAAAUUUACACCUGAAUUAAAAAAGUAGGCUCAUCUUCAAAUAAAAUCAAGUAUGAAGCACAAAGACGAAAGAGUUCGCAAAACUAUUUCAGAAAUAUUACUGAGUAAUCAAUUAUUAUUAAAAUCAAUAUUACGGGAAUUCGAUUGGAUUGAUAAAUUCACAACUUUAAUUUAUGACUCCUCUAAAGAUGUUAGAACAAGCUCAGCAAAGUUAUUUUUAGCUACUUAUGAACUCAAUGAAGAGAUUCAUAAAUCUAGAUUGUUACUUUUGUUAGAAAAUAUUAUUAAAUAAUUAGAUUCAUCUUAAUUUGAGUUUUGUCAAUCAAUUUCAUAAUAUGUAAUAUUACCCAUAAUAUUUAGAGCUUAAAUUAAGAUAACUUGCAGUCACUUUUAAUUGAAAAAAUAACAGAAAUCAUUAACCAUAAUAAUGAGAAUACCUUUCAAUUUUUGGAAUCUAUACAUAAGUAUUAUUCCAUAAUAAAAUAAUUUAAUGAGAAACACUCUAAUUCAAUUGAUGAUUUAUUGUUAAAUUCUAUAUAAGUCCUUUCAGAAGAUAUGAGAAGUUACGACAUACUUAAGUGCUUAUCAAAUUUAUACUCUAGUUUAUCUUAGGAUAUGUAAUUUAAAGUAAUUUAAAAAUUAUUUCUUUAUUUUGAAUUAAAUUAGCUAAUAUUUAUCCCAUAUUUAUCUGAAAUUAUUGAGAAAGCAACUUUGAUAAAUAAAAAUAAAAUUUGGCUUUAGCAACUUUAGAUGAUAUAUGAAAUGUUUAAAAGAAAUGUUUUUCAAUUUGAAACUAAAGGAUUGUGGAAUGAAAUAUCAAAUAUGAUCGAUAUCAUGAUAAUGAUAUCUAAAAUCUUAUUCUUAUAGAAGGAUUUUCUUCAAUAAUGUUUAAAAAUGAGCCAAAUGGGUUCUAAAUCUAUUAGAGACAAAAUUAUGAAUUUUCUAAUUGAGAAAAUUAUUGAAUUAGACUCUCUAGAAAGUAGAGAUUAAAUAAUUCAAAAUUAUUUAGGACUUAUUAAUCAUUCAAAUUACUAAUUACGAUAAUUAUCAAUUGAGUUCAUUAUUAAAUUAUGCUAAUAAAGAUCUAGAAAGUUCUUCAUAUCAAACAACUUGAUAAAUAUCUUAUAAUUGUAAUAUGAUUCAGUUGCUUUGGUAAGAGCAAAAAUUCCAAAGUUGUUAAUCCAAAUAAAGUUACUAUUUUGGAACGACGAAAAGGAAAUUCUUAGCAGAAUUGUUUAAAUCUUUUAAAACCUGAUGAACGAUAAGAAAUUAUACAUAUAACAAGUACAUUCUUAUAUAAUAAGAUUUCCAAAGACUUUUGGGCCGAACUAGCAAAUAUUUAAUUUUCGAAUGCAGAAAACACAAUUGAACAAAAUUAAUUAAUGGAUGAAAGGGAACAAUAAGAAUAUGCAAAUUUAAAAGUAUAUACAAAUAAUAUUAGAUGAUUAAAUAGUAACUGUUGCUUAAUCCUAAAAAUAUUAAAAAUGAUGUCAGCAAAUCCAGAAAUCAAACUCCUACAUCAAGGUUGCCUCCUUCAAAUAAAAGAUAAAAUAAUUUCUUAUAAGUUCCCAAAGGCACAUAGCCUAGAAAAACAUCUGGUCUAAGAGUUAUUUAAUCAAAGUCUCCACAACCCUUUAAAUGA